AUAUACUUUGGAAUUCCUGCAGUGAGAGGUAAAGGAAAUUUGCUUUCUCUUCUUUCACAAGAUUAGAAUAGUUUGCGACAUUUUAUCAUAUGAUAAAACCAAACAAAAGCAUUAAAGGGCAACCUUUGAAAGGAAUAAAUACCAAAAGCUCAAGAGGAAGCAAUAAGAAAUCGUGAGUUCACAAAAUACUUCCGCAUCUAAGGUGUUAUUUCAGGUAUUUCUGCAUCCACAAAAUAUUGCAAUCUCCAAAUCUGCCUUAAGCCAAAAUCUUAGUGACACAUAUCAUCUUCCUCUUUAGUCUUAGAGAUCUUUGUCCUUGACCACCAAUGGACAAGAAAAAGAAGAGAUUUCGAUUUCGAUUUCCUUGGUUUUCAGCACCAUCAACUCCACAACAGCGUCCCAUUGUUCUUCCAAAAGAUGAACCAAAACCAUCAACUCCACAACAGCGUCCCAUUGUUCUUCCAAAAGAUGAACCAAAACCAUCAACUCCACAACCGCGUCCCAUUGUCCUUCCAAAAGAUGAACCAAAACCAUCAACUCCACAACCGCGUCCCAUUGUCCUUCCAAAAGAUGAACCAAAACCAUCAACUCCACAACCGCGUCCCAUUGUUCUUCCAAAAGAUGAACCAAAAUCCCAUGAGGAAGAAGACACAAACAUCCUCAUUCAUGGGUCACCUGAGAAAACCCCAGCACGAGCUCCUACUCAGGAUAUCCCAAUAGCUGAUCUUCCACAAGACACACCAUCUCAUUCACUUCAGCCAGAUAAACCAUUUUCCUCUGAAUCAUUGGCUUCCGUGUCCUCUUUCCCAACUCCACAGCCUCAGCCUCUAGCUCAACAAGAAAAGGAAAAGAUUGCGGUGACUCAGCAAGAACUAACCCAACCAAAGAUCUCUCCUCUUAUGCCUGAGCCAAUUCCAGAUAUAAAGGAAUCACCUCUCAGAACCAUUUCUAAGUCUCAAGAUAAGACUCAACCAGAAAUGUCUUCCCAUGUGUCUGCAGAUUCACAGCCAAAGACAGAAUCUCAUGUGUUUGAGUCAAUGCCACAGUCAAAAGAAUCACCAUCCAAAACCAUCCCCAAACAUCAGGUAACAACCCAAUCAGAGACCUCUCCUUAUGUGUCUGAGCCAGUGCCACAUAUGAAGGACUCACCUUCGAGAACCACCCCUAAGUCCCAAGAUCUAACUCAACCAGAAACAUCUUUCCAUGUGCCUAAGUCAAGUCCACAACCCAAGACAGAGUCUCACGUGCAUGAGUCAAAGCCACAACCAAAAGAAUCACCAUCUAAAACCAUCCCCAAGUCUCAAGAAAUAGCCCAGUCAGAGACCUCUUCUCAUGUGUCUGAGCCACUACCCCAGCCAAAGGAGUCCCCUUUUAGAGUCAUUCCUGAGUCACAAGAUUUAACCCAACCAAAAACAUCUUCCCAUUUUGCUGAGCCAAUCCCACACUCCAAGACCUCUCCUGUGCUCGAGUCGAUUCCACAAUCAAAAGAAUCACCAUCUAAAGCCAUCCCCAAGUCUCAAGAAAUAGCCAAAUCAGAGACCCCUUCUCAUGUGCAUGAGCCAGUGCCACAACUGAAGAAGUCACCAUCAAAAACCAGUCCUAAAUCCAAAGAACAGACCCAAUUAGAGUUCUCCUCUCAUGAGUCUGUACAGAAGACAAAAGUAAAGGAGUCUCCGUUGAAAACUAGCUCUCAUGUGUCUAAGCCAAUGCCACAACAGAAAAUGUCACCAUUAAAAAUCAUCUCUAUUCCAGAAGAACCAAUCCAACCAAAGACCUCUCCUCAACCUAAGAAGAUGUCCUCCAAGCUCCAUAUGAAAGCCCCUACUUCAGGAACCCAACCUACAGAUACAUCUGGCAUGGUCAUUAGAGCAAAAAGGAAAAAGCAGGACACACGAGAAAGUAUAGAGAGCAAAGUCAUGUCUGCCUCCAAUUCCACCGGAAAAGUCACCGAAGUUGUUAGGUCAGUAUAUCCGGUUACCAAGAAUAUGUCCAGCCCUUCCCAUCAAGAGGAUAUUUCACCCACUGGGGAGAAAACUCCCCUGAAAGAAGGAAUCAAAGAGGAUAUUUCCAGGUUUGCUCAAAAACUAGCAAUGGGGCAGACUGCAGACGCCAUGGAAGACAAAUCCGUAAGUGCAAUUACUCUGGCUGGCGAAAACAGAGGAGCAACAAUGCAUAUGGGCUCAGAGUCAACUAAGAAAGAAGGGUCAGUUCACACACACCAAGACUAUUGGACCGAUUCGGAGGAGAGCCCUGAGGUAACCACCGAGUCCGAUAGAGAGGAAGGGUCUGGCAACAAUUCGGUUGAACCAGACAAAGUGGGUAAUGCUUAUGUCAAUAGUAAUAUACAGAGCAUCAAUAACUCACUGAUGUAUCAAGGGUCGGUCACCGAAGAAGAUCCUGGAGUUCAAUUGAUUCUUCCCCGAAGGGCAGCAGAGUCCAUCAACUCUGAUGAUGAAGAUUCAAAAGGAUAAAAAUAUCAAGACCCUAUGAUAAAAUUAGCACAUCAUUUAUUUCACACUCACCCAUAG